UUUGUACAGUGUAAAGAUGGCAGCAACAAGUUUUCAGAAAAAAUCUCGCUCUAAACUGUUCAAUAUUCCAGGAACAAGACCAUCUCUUCAUAAUAAUCAGCUUUUAAUAUCUACGGGAAUACCAUCUCUAGAUAAUAUUUUGGGUGGGGGAACUGCUGUUGGAACAGUUGUUUUAAUUGAAGAAGACACAUAUGGAAGUUUCAGUAAUCUUAUGUUAAAGUAUUUUCUGGCAGAGGGUGUCAUGACAAACCAAACAUUAUUUUUGGCUACUGCAAAUGAGUCACCAGAUAAUAUAUUAAAGGAUCUUCCUGCGCCAAUUGUAGAUGACCCUGGAGCAAGUGGCAAUAUGGAGGGUGGACAAGAGGGUGGAACAGACGAAAAGAUGAAAAUAGCAUGGAGAUACCAACAUUUGCCACAAUUCCAGUCUAAUCCUACAAAUGUUAGAUUUGGCCACUAUUAUGAUUUAACAAAGACAAUGGAAACAGAUCUCAGGACUUCAGUUGAAAGUCACACUGUUGAUGUAACACAGGAGCUCAGAUUAAAUCCUGAGCCUUCUGACCAUUUUAUCAACUGCUCAUAUAGAUGUCUCCUUCGUGCAAUCCAAAAAAGACUGGCCAAAGGCUACACCACAACUGACACAACUCAAAUAGAAAAACAUGUUAUGAGAAUAGGUAUACAGAGCUUAGGAUCUCCACAAUGGCGUGAAACAAGGUUGGGGUCUGAGACAAGUGCAGAUAAAUCAAUGUUAAAGUUCCUAUAUGCAUUGCGGUCUCUUGUAAGAUCUUCAUUCGCUACUUGUGUGCUUACUGUGCCUACUCAGCUAUUUCAGGAUGAAGUGUUCACCAGUCAUAUUGAGAGGUUAUGUGACACAGUUGUGAAUUUAGAGUCAUUUGCUGGCACCAAUAAGGAAACAAACCCAGCCUACAAGGAAUAUCAUGGUCUGUUCCAUAUCAAGGCACUUCCAAGACUCAACGCUCUAAACUGUCAUAUGCCAGACACAUUGGAUCUAGCAUUUAAAUUGAAGAGGAAAAAGUUCACAAUUGAGAAACUUCAUCUUCCCCCAGAGCUGUCAGAAACGUCGAAUAAGGAACAGAACAAUGCAAUAGUACGUCCGUCAAAUACAACCUCGUGUGGCACUGGGAUAACAAACUCUAAACUGGACUUCUAGUUGUCAUGGCGACGUGUUAUUAUUAUUUAUUGCUGUCAUGAAAUAAACAACAAUUUGAACGAUAUUAAAAUUGUCAUUUUGAUACUAUAUAUUUUCAGUUUUGUUAUUGAAGUGUUCAUAGGUGCUUGACCUACUGUAUUGUGCAAUGUGGCGUAUGGAAAAUACAUUUCUUACAUUCGGAUCAAUCCUCCGGACCUUUCAAGGCCUAAUUCAGUAGAACUUUCUUCCUGAAUUCUAAUACUUGGGGAAAUUGGUUUUGGAUAAGAGACGCGGUAUAGCAUUUCAAAGCCAAUUAAGUGUUGAUUUUGUUUAGAGUAGAGCGUGGGAGGAAAAUAACUGCUGUUUAUCUAGUUGAUUUAUUGAUUAAAAUGACAACUUUUUACUGCAAUUUUCUUACAUGUACAUACUGUAGAAGAUGUUACCUGAACGGAACUUAACUCAUACGAUAAUUAUCCUGUACAAGUGGGUGGUAGCAUAUCAUACCACUUCGGAAUAGUGGGCACACUUCAAAAACACUGAAAGGUGAAUACUCUUGGGAGAAGUACU